UGACAACAUGGCUACCGAGCUGAGGUUGGAUCUGGAGAAAAUUUGGAUUUGACAGCACCGUUCGGGAGCUGCAGAAAUAAGCUAUUUCCAGCUGAAGAGCGAACAACCCAGAUGCAUGUGAAUGAAGGGAGCCGUGAGUCCGAGAGACGGUGAUAGUCAACCGAGGAGACACCCGGAGUGUGAAACUCGUCAUGUCGUUUUUUAAAAGGAAAGCCAAAAGCAAGGAACCUGAGAAAGUAACAGAUGCUAAAGUCAGUAAAGCUCCGGUCAACACUCAUUCUCCAUCACUAGCACUGAGGAACCACAAUGCUAUCCAGGAAGCUGCCGGGCCGAGCCAUGUGGCCAUCAAUGCCAUAUCUGCCAACAUGGACUCGUUCGCCCGAGGCCGCACCGCCAUCCUCAAGAAACAGCCGAGCCACAUGGAGGCUGCGCACUUUGGAGACCUUGGUCACUCCAGUGUGAACUACCAGCCCCAGGAGACUCGCUCUCGGCUGUCUAAGACAGUAGACCAGGUUCUUCAAGACAAUUUAGCGAUGCCUCACUACAUGCAUUUCAUGGAACAUCGGGGCGCUGACCACCUGGUUCGCUUCUGGCUGGAGGCUGAGAGUUUCCGCUCUACCAGCUGGUCACGAGUCCGAGCGCAAAGCCUCAACUCCGUCAAGCACAGCUCACUGGCCGAGCCAGUCUCCGUCUCACCGCACGGCACAGAGCUCAUUCAAAAUGUCCCCAACGACCUCGCUCGGAGCAAUAACAGCGUAGGUUCAUCUGCGCUGCCGGACCGUCGGGACUCAUCCAGCUCAGAGUCAGACCUGAGACCCAACUCAUCCCGCUCUGAGACCCCCAGCAAGAAAACACCUUCCAGGACAGGGACUCCUUCCAAGGGCCAGCCAAACAGGACUCUAAGAGAACUCUCUGACCAACUCAUGAAAAAUAUAGAAAGGGAUGCGGUUAACAUCUUCACCAAGUACAUCUCCCCAGAUGCUGCGAGGCCCAUCCCCAUCACAGAACAGAUCAGAAACGACAUAAUUGCUAAAAUAUGUGGUGAAGAUGGCAUGGUGGACCCGAACUGCUUUGUCAUUGCACAGUCGCUCGUCUUCGCCAUAUUGGAGGAACAGCACUUUAGUGAAUUCCUGCGGAGCCAUCAUUUCUGUAAAUACCAGAUUGAAGUGUUGACGAGUGGCUCCGUGUUCCUGGCUGACAUCUUGUUCUGUGAGUCAGCUCUCUUCUACUUCUCUGAGUACAUGGAAAAGGAAGAAGCGAUGAAUGUACUGCAGUUCUGGUUGGCAGCAGAUAACUUCCAGAACCAGCUAGCAGCUAAAAAGGGCCAGUAUGAUGGCCAGGAGGCUCAAAACGAUGCAAUGAUUCUUUAUGACAAGUAUUUCUCACUCCAGGCCACAAACCCUCUGGGCUUUGGUGACUCUGUGCGGAUGGAGAUCGAGUCCAAUAUUUGCCGGGAAGGUGGGCCUCUCCCCACAUGUUUCACCACUCCACUCAGACAGGCAUGGACAACCAUGGAAAAGGUGUACCUGCCUGGCUUCCUGUCUAGCAACCUUUACUACAAAUAUCUGAGUGACCUCAUCAAUUCAGUGCGGGCAGAUGAGUUUGUGAAUGUCAAUUCUCAAGGUCAUGGCGGGCCCGCGGACAACGACCGAUCGGGUUCAAAUGCCAGCGAGGGCUCUCAGAAUCAGCAAGGUGCCAAAAAAGCAGCCAUCAAGAUUCUGAAGAACUUUGACGAGGUGAUCACUGUGGAUGUUUCUAGUUUGGACCCUGAGACUUUGUACCAGCGGCCGUAUGCUGGCAAAAUGACUUUUGGGAAGGUAAAUGAGUUGGGACAGUUCAUCAGAGAGGCUGAGCCAGAACCGGAUGUGAAGAAAUCCAAAGGUUCCAUGUUUUCUCAAGCAAUGAAGAAAUGGGUCCAGGGCAACUCAAACGAGGCUCAGGAGGAGAUGGCGUGGCAAAUCGCCAAAAUGAUCGUCAAUGACGUUGUCCACCAGUCAAACCACGACAGCCCCGGCAAAUCCACCAAGUUAUGACCCCACUAAGGAACCAGAAGUCACUCACUCCUUGCAGACCAGCCGGUGAUGGACUGUAGACGGGCUUCACACUGCAACGAAAUGCAUUACUCCUAGAAGGAACAAAGCAUUUUAUCACCUCCCCAGUUCUUGUGUGCUUGUGUGUAUGUGUGUGAGUUUGGGUGAGCGAUUGUUCAGGCAUGGAUUAACACAAAAAAUGAAGUACAUCAUCGGUCAGUCCAACUCCAUAACACUAUAAAGAUGCAAACGUAGGUGGCUAAAUCUGAGUGAAGGAAAACUUUUCCAUGGAAGGGAACAGUUUUUGUAUUUCCAGAUUAAAGCUGACUCAAAAACAAAGUAGCGGCAUGUGAGGAUAAUCGCUGCUUUAUCUGUCUUAUUUGGACCCAUGGAGGGUGCGACAAAAACUGAAGAGUGAAGCUCACACCCUCAUGGUCCACUUCUCCACACCUUUUAUAACUGUUUUUUGAUUUUACAUGUUCUGUUAUGAUGGUCAGUCACUUGGAGCGUACUGACGGAGUAUACACUUUUUUAGAGACCACUGGCACAGCCCAUGUGAAAUGGUUUCGUCAUCUCCUCACUGAAGUUUGGUGUCCCACGUCGGCUGUUUGUGUACUGUAGAACAUCUUGCAAUAUGACCGUGAAACAGAAGAACAGCAGGUUUGAUUCCUUGU